AUGGCACGGUCAGUCGCUGCUUCUUUUCGACGCCGCCAGGAAGCCCCGCACUUGCCGGUGAAUGAGAAAGUGGACCGGACCACCCGGAACCGUAUCGAGGACACUUCCAGCAAGGUCCCCUUGUACAAGGGCACCCUGUGGAAGCUGAACACGGACGGUGACGCCAAGGAAAAGACGCACUGGCUGAAACGCGACAUGUGGGUGGCGUUCAACGGGUCCUUGUGCUACUUCAGCAUCAAGGAGAACAAGCGCUUGGUCUUGGUGGACGGUUCGAAGCUGGCGGGUGCCAAGGUCUCACCACUGACCGGCGCCGCAAGGGACUUCGCAUUCAGGUUGGAGUGUAUGAACCAAGAUGAGCACGAGAAGGACGUGAACUUGUGCUUUUCCGCGGAGUCUCCGGAAGAGUUCUCGAAGUGGACUGGAUUGCUGAUCCACUCUGCCAACAUGGACGGCGCCAUCCAGACAAUGCGCUUGGGUGGCGACGUCGCGGCUGAGAUCAAGCAGUUCAGGCUGAAUGUGAAGAACAGAAGGAUUAAGGUCGGCGAGGACAAGAAAGAUCAGUUUGCGCCCGUAUUCAAAGCCAAGCUUUGGAAAGUCAAGGCAGAGGGCGAUCGGAAGAAGGAGGUAGACUGGUUUGAGCGAGAGAUGUGGAUUGCCAAGAACGGCAGUCUCGUCUACUGGAGCAAGAAGGAGGACCGAGAGCUGGUGUACUACACCUCAGACGACAUUGCCAAAGCCAAGAUCACCUUGAUUCCCAACGACGACAGUUGCAAGCCUUGGACCUUUCAGGUCCAGCUGCCCCCGAGUGGGGAAGUGGAGUUUGCGUCUGGGGAGUUUGCAGCGGAGUCUGAGGCGAUGCGGGACUGCUGGAUCGAGGAGUUUGAGAAACUCCAAUCUAGCUGA